AUGCCGCCCUCCAACAUGUUGCCUCAGCAGAAGGAGGCUGUGGAGACAUGGCUGUUCCUCGAGCAGGGCGUUGAAAGAGUUAUGAACGACCUUGAGAGUGGCAUAGAUAUGGCUACAUAUAUGGGCAUAUACACCGCCGUGCAUAACUUUUGCACCUCUCAGAAAUUCCAAAGCCCUGCCCACCACUCGUCGAAUACAAACCACCGUGGCGGAAAAUCGCAUCUCCUCGGAGAAGAAAUUUACACUCCCCUCGGUGACUACCUGACGAGGCAUCUAAACGGUAUUUAUGAAGCCUCUCUCGGCCACUCUGAAGAAGCCCUUUUGGCAUUUUAUAUUCGAGAAUGGUCACGUUAUACUACUGCGGCAAAAUACAUAAAUCAUUUAUUCCGAUACUUAAACCGACACUGGGUAAAACGAGAGGUCGACGAAGGGAAGAAAGAAAUCUUUGACGUAUAUACUCUUCAUCUCGUUAAAUGGAGAGAAGAUUUUUUCAAGAGAGUGCAUGAGAAUGUGAUGACUGCAGUUUUGAAUUUAGUUGAGAAACAACGGAAUGGCGAAACUAUCGAACAGUCCCAGAUCAAAAGCAUUGUCGACUCUUUCGUUUCCUUAGGCCUGGAUGAGAACGACACAUCCAAAACAACCUUAAUAGUUUAUCAGUUUUACUUUGAAAAACCUUUCAUUGAGGCAACCAAACUUUUCUACGAGAAUGAGUCGAGAAACUUCGUUGCCGAAAACAGUGUUGUGGAGUACAUGAAAAAGGCGGAAGCUAGGCUAGAAGAGGAGCGAGCUCGAGUAGAUCUCUACCUACACCCUGAUAUCACAAAAAACCUGACUGAUACUUGUUUGAAUGUUCUUGUUUCCGCCCAUUCGUUACUACUGCGUGACGAAUUCCAAGUACUAUUAGAUGCUGAGAGGCGGGAUGAUCUUGCUCGAAUGUAUAGGCUGCUAUCAAAAAUUAAAGAUGGCCUUGACCCUCUACGAAGCAAGUUUGAGACUCAUGUUAGAAGAGCCGGCCUUACCGCUAUCGAUAAAAUUGCUGCUGGUGGUGAUAGUGUGGAGCCCAAAGCCUACAUCGAUGCAUUGUUGCAAGUACAUUCAAAAUACAGAAAUAUGGUCGAAGCAGCUUUCAACGGAGAGUCAGAAUUUGUCAGAUCACUAGACAAUGCAUGUCGCGAGUUUGUGAAUCGAAAUGCACUCUGUCACACAAGCUCUACGAAAUCACCCGAGCUCCUUGCUCGAUACACCGACUCCUUACUCAAAAAGGGCGUGAAAUCACCAGAGGAAUCUGAAUAUGAAGAAUUACUCUCGCAGAUUAUGACUGUGUUCAAAUAUAUUGAAGAUAAGGACGUCUUUCAAAAAUUCUAUUCGCGAAUGCUUGCCAAGCGCCUUGUUCAUGUUAGCUCCGUAUCUGAUGAUGCGGAGACUAGUAUGAUCAGCAAGCUUAAAGAAGCCUGUGGGUUUGAAUAUACCAACAAACUUCAACGCAUGUUCCAGGAUAUUCAGAUUUCCAAGGACUUAAAUGCUAGCUAUAAAGACUGGGCAGCAAGCACGUUUGACGAAGAGGAUCGUAAAAAGAUGAUUGAUCCGCACUUCCAAAUUUUAGGAACUGGGUUCUGGCCUUUGAACCCUCCUACUUCUCAAUUUAUCCCUCCUGCUGAGAUCCUGAAGACAACCGAACGAUUCAAGAGCUUUUACUGUGAUAAACAUAGCGGCCGCAAGCUUACAUGGCUUUGGCAACUAUGCAAAGGCGAACUGAAAGCAAACUAUAUCAAAAAUACGAAGGUUCCAUAUACUUUCCAAGUUUCAACCUAUCAAAUGGGAAUUCUUUUAUUGUAUAAUGAGCAUGACACGCUGGACUACGAAGAAAUUGAGAAAGCCACUACACUGUCUUCAGACAUACUAGACCCAAAUCUUGGCAUCUUAGUUAAGGCAAAAGUGCUUCUUCCUACCCCAGAGGAUGGCAAGCCCCGUGUUGGAACUUCUUAUUCCUUGAAUUAUGGCUUCAAAGCAAAAAAAAUCAAGGUUAAUUUGAACAUUCAAGUCAAAGCAGAACAGAAAACUGAGGCUGAGGAUACACACAAAACGGUUGAAGAAGAUCGCAAAUUACUGCUCCAGUCUGCAAUUGUCCGCAUUAUGAAGUCCCGCAAGAAAUUGAAACAUGUACAACUUGUGCAAGAAGUCAUUCAACAGGUCAAAGCCCGUUUUCCACCUAAGGUUCCCGAUAUCAAAAAGAAUAUCGAGGCAUUGAUGGAAAAAGAAUACAUUGAGCGACUGGAUGGUGAUGAACUAGCAUAUAUUGCCUAG